AUGAAUGCUCUCAUUCUCUUCUUGGUGAGCACGUAUACACAGAAUCUAAUGAUUCCAGUUCUCUCCACAGACAAUUCAUUAUCUUUGUUUGUUGUUGCUGUUGUUGACGCCGUAGCAUUGACUGAGGCUGUUGCUGUGGCUGUUGUUGCAGCAGUCAUUGCCAUCGUAGUAGUAUGUAACAUGGUUGCCUGUACAUCAUUGGCAUGA